AGCUGACUUUAGCAGGCUAGCUAUCAAGCAGAAUCCUAUGCUAGCCGAGGCAUAUUCUAACCUUGGAAAUGUCUACAAAGAAAGAGGUGCGUUAAAAGAGGCUUUGGAAAACUAUAGGUAUGCUGUUCGAUUGAAGCCGGAUUUCAUUGAUGGAUAUAUUAACCUGGCAGCAGCAUUGGUAGCAGCUGGCGACAUGGAGGGUGCUGUACAAGCCUAUGUAACUGCGCUGCAGUAUAAUCCGGACCUCUACUGUGUGCGCAGCGAUCUCGGAAAUCUACUCAAGGCACUUGGUAGACUGGAUGAAGCCAAGUCAUGCUACCUGAAAGCCAUCGAGACUCAGCCGAACUUCGCUGUGGCCUGGAGCAACCUUGGGUGUGUUUUCAAUGCUCAAGGAGAAAUCUGGUUGGCUAUCCAUCAUUUUGAGAAGGCAGUGCAGCUUGACCCAAAUUUUCUGGAUGCUUACAUUAAUUUGGGAAAUGUACUGAAGGAAGCGCGCAUCUUCGAUCGGGCAGUGGCUGCAUACUUGCGUGCAUUGAACCUCAGCCCCAACCAUGCUGUCGUGCAUGGAAACCUGGCCUGUGUAUACUAUGAGCAAGGGUUAAUAGACCUUGCAAUAGACACGUACAGAAGAGCUAUCGAACUGCAGCCACAUUUUCCCGAUGCCUACUGUAAUCUGGCAAAUGCCCUUAAGGAGCAAGGAAAGGUCCCAGAGGCUGAGGAAUGCUACAACACAGCGCUAAGACUCUGCCCUACGCAUGCAGACUCGCUAAACAACCUAGCCAACAUCAAACGUGAGCAGGGUUAUAUAGAGGAGGCCACGAGAUUAUAUGUCAAAGCGUUGGAGGUAUUCCCAGAGUUUGCUGCUGCACACUCCAACCUUGCCAGUGUGCUGCAGCAACAGGGAAAACUUCAGGAGGCUCUGAUGCAUUACAAGCAGGCUAUCAGGUACGUGUAUGUAAAUUUCUGCAGCACCUACUAGUAUUGUACGGCUCUGGUCUUAUUCCUAAUGUGGUAUUCUGGGCCUAAGCUGCAUAUUUAAAGAUAGGCCUAUGACCACAGAACUGCUGUUUGUUACUAUAUUAUGGAGAUGGCAGUUGUAGAUAAUAGUUAAUAAGUUUACUAAAAUAAAAUCGUAAUACUAAAAGGGAUACCUAGUGAUGGCGGCUAUGAUAUUUAGAGUGGCGGGUGCAUUUUAGGAUGGCGGGGCUCGACGAUAGCCUGGCGGGCCGCCAGGCUAUAAGUAUAAGUGCUCUUGGAGAAACCUGCAUACGUAUAAAACUACUGUCAUUUUAUAUUUCUUUUAUGGUGUUUAUUGUAGAUUAAACGUGUAAUUGUAUUAGCUAAGAUGCUAGAAAUAAAACUUAAAAGACCACUCCACUGUCAAACCAAACAAAUUAUAAAUGCUCAUUUAAUUUUUAAGAUUUCUAUAUUUGCUGCACAUAUAUUCAGAUAGGGGUGUAUGCAGUCAAAGUAGAUUAUCCAGUCACAUGUAACAUUUAAGUCAACAUAGCAAAUUGUC